ACCGUUACUCACCCGGUUCAAUUAAACAUUGUUGUCCUCUACCGUCCGCCAGGCUCUUUAUGUCAUUUUCUGGAAGAACUGAACAUCGUCCUGUCAAACUUCCCUGAAAAUGGCCCUCAACUCAUCCUCCUAGGAGACUUCAACAUCCCGACGUCAUCUGAAGUCAUCUGACCUCAUACUCCUACUUUCUUCCUUUGCACUGUCACUCAAUCCCUCCCCUCCUACUCACAAAGCUGGCAAUCACCUUGACUACAUCUUCACUAGGAACUACGCUACAACUAACCUCACUGUAACUCCACUCCAUGUCUCUGAUCACUACUUUGUCUCAUAAUCUCUUCCGCUCUCCCCAACUAACGACCCCACCCCAUCAAUCGACUCUAUACCCGUCUGCCGUAACAUUCGCUCACUCUCUCCCCCCUCCCUGGCCUCCUCCAUUCUAUCGGCUCUGCCCUCAACCGACUCUUUUGCACUCUUGCAUCCAAACGUUGCCGCAGAGACUCUCCUAACAACUCUGUCCUCCUCUCUUGACUCGCUGUGUCCGCUUAAGACUCAACGGGCUGACAGAUCCCCUCCAGCUCCGUGGUUGUCUGAACCGGUGCGUGCUACGAGAGCCACUCUGCGAGCUUCCGAAAGGAAAUGGCGUAAAUACAAACAGCCUGACGACCUGCAUGCGUUUCAGUCGCUUCUCUCCUAUUUUUCUGCCUCCAUUUCUGCUGCAAAAAGCGCUUUCUACCAAUCCAGAAUUGAGUCCUUUUUUCCAACCCCAAAAAACUAUUUUCUAUCUUACUAACCUCCUCGAACCCCCCAGUCCUCCUCCCCCCUCCACCCUUCUUCCAGGAGACUUUGUCACCUACUUUACCAAAAAAAUAGCUGACAUACGCUCCUCCUUCCCCAACCCACCUCCUUCCAACUAUAUCCCACAGACUUCACCUCUAUCGCCCUCACUUCCCUGUUUUACACCCCUGUCUCCUAACAAAGUUCUUACCUUAGCUACCAGUCCCACCACCUGCCCCCUCGACCCCAUUCCAUCCCACAUUCUACAGUCGAUUGCCCCCGAUCCUCUACCUUUCCUCACCUGUCUCAUUAACAAUGCUCUGUUAUCUGGCUGUUUCCCACACUCUGAAGGAGGCAAGAGUUAACCCACUCCUGCGCGCUCUCUUCUCUCAUCCUACCUUGAUGGUCGCACCUACCGGGUAACUUGGAGAGGAUCGGUGUCGGAACCUUGUCCUCUUACUACUGGAGUUCCUCAGGGCUCCGUCUUCGGUCCCCUCCUCUUCUCAAUCUACACCAACUCUCUUGGCUCCGUCAUUCGCUCGCAUGUUUUUUCCUAUCACAUCUAUGCCGACGACACCCAACUAAAUCUCUCCUUCCCCGACUCGGACGCGGCACGGAUCUCUGCAUGUCUGACUGACAUCUGCCAGUGGAUGUCCACUCAUCACCUGAAGAUCAACCCCGACAAGACCGAACUACUUUUCUUCCCUGGAAAAAACUCUCCCACUCAGGACCUGACUGUUAACUUCGGUGACUCAGUGUUAACGCCCACUCAGAAUGCCAGGAACCUUGGCGUGACACUCAACUCCCAAUUCUCCCUGACUGCCAACAUCACAGCAACAACACGAUCCGGUCUCCCUGCUACUGCCAUUCGACCACUGCAGCUUAUCCAGAAUGCAGCAGCUCGACUGGUCUUCAACCUUCCGAAAUACUCCCACACCACAUCACUUGUCCGCUCUUUUCAUUGGUUACCAGUGGCUGCCCGCAUCCAGUUCAAAACAUUGGUACUGACGUACCAUGCUGUGAAUGGAUCGGGACCAGUUUACAUCCAGGACAUGGUAAAACCCUACAUCCCAACCCGCACACUCCGAUCUGUAUCUGCCAAGCUGCUUGUUCCUCCCUCACUGAGAGAAAAGCACUCGGCGAGAUCGCGACUCUUUGCUGUCCUGGCUCCCAGAUGGUGGAAUGAGCUCUCUGAUGAGAUCAGGACUGCUGAGAGCCUCUACAUCUUCCGUCGAAAACUCAAGACACACCUCUUUAGACUCUACUUUGACUAAAACACUAGCAGACCGUAGCACUAAAAGCGUCAGCUAAAUGGCAUGUAAUGUAUUCUAAUAUUAUUUUAAUCCAGUGCUUCUGCCACUUAAGAAUGAUCUGAACCCUUCUGCCAUGAUGACUGAGCACACAUCCCAUUCUUGGGUUCUAAAAAUGCGCUUGGAAAAUAUAAAUAAAUGAAUGAAUGAAAUGAAUGGAUCUAGAAUGUAGCAAUUCAGCCAAAUCAUAAUGACUAUGAUCUGAAAUGAAUCAAUGUUCAUAUUCUGAGCCUUGUGGACUUGGGAAAGGCGUCAGUUUUAAGGGCAACCACUAGGGGGCGACCAGUCGAAUUUCCCACACAAUUCACUACACAACUAUUUCCGGGCCUGCGACCAAGGAUCGUGUCAAAACAAAAGGUGGGGGCAGAUAGGACCAUGGGUGUAAGAGGCAUUACUUGCUAUGUAGCUAUAGCAAGUAAUGCCUCUUAAAGAAGUGCGUGUGUGAUUCAUCUUUAAGAAGGGUAACUACAACCAACUGACAACAUUGGUUUAUUAGAAUAUCAAAACAUGGAUGUCAAGUGUUAGACUUACAUGGAGCUAACGAAUAGGAACAUUUUUGUCACUGGUUCUCUAUGAUGUUACAUUUUGAACUUG